AUGGCUGAAGUUCUUUUGAAGGGUAAUGAUCUGCUCAAUGUCAGCAUGGAUGCUAAGCACCACAAGUUCAAGCCUGGCCAAGAAUAUAACCUUCAUAUCCAGUGUAGCCCAUGGAAGAAAAGAGCGUGCUGCAGAGCAAACCCCGGUGUUGCCACCCAUGAAGACACCUCCUAUUUGUACCGCUUCAACUAUAACCACUGCAGGAUGAUGACCCCAGCCUGCAAAACCCUACUGCAAACAUGUAUCCAGGAUACAUGUCUCUAUGAAUGCUCCCCGAACCUAAGACCCUGGAUCCAGCCAGUGUCCUCAAUUUGGAGGAAGGAACAGAUCCCAAAUGGUCCCCUGUGCAGGGAGGAUUGUAACCAGUGGUGGGAGGACUGCCAAACCGCCUAUACCUGCAAAGAGAACUGGCACAAAGUUUGGAAUUGGACUUCAGAGAUUAACAAGUGCCCAGUUGGGGGCAGUUGCCACCCUUUCACAAUUUAUUUUCCAACACCAUCCUCCCUAUGUGAGAAUAUUUGGAUUCAUUCUUACAGUGCAAGUUCUUUUGACCAGGGCAGUGGCAAAUGUAUCCAGAUGCGGUUUGACCCAGCCCAGGGAAACCCCAAUGAAGCUGUGGUUAAAUAUUAUGCUUUUGGCUCUGCCCCAGGCAUCUUCAAUUGGAAGUCUAGUUUCUCCUUCUUGAUUUUGACACUGCUAUUGCUUCUCUGGGGUUGA